UCUGCCACCAAUACUGCCAAAACCGACAGAGCAUUUUUCAUUUGCCGUGAUCGUGAGUGAAAAACAGAGCCUAUAGAUGAUGCACAAUAAGCAGAAACUCAUUUUUCACUACAGAGAAAAUGGAUACUGAAGCACCCUAUCAUCACUGGGCUUUCUGCAGCCGUGACAGUCCUCAGUUUUCUUCUACUGUGCAUGUGUUAUCUGUGGAUUUGCAAGAGACGAAAGCACAUCAUCUACUAUGUGGUGGGAGACAGCGAGCUGGACGAAAAGGAAGAAGACGAUGAGGCAGAAGUUCACUGCAAUCCAGACGCCACUACCACUAAUCCGUACACCGAUGACCCGGACACCGAAGACGACAUCGAUAGCGGCAUAAGCGGAGAAGGCAAGUCUUGCCGGACUAGACACCCUGCAGUCGCACGACGUGGCAGUGCCCCCUCGCUCUCUCCCUCCGCAGUGGCGGCCUCUGUACAGGUGGUCAUGGAGCUGAAGGCAGCGCAAGGUGCGACGGCAGCCAAUCCCAACAGUUCCCACCAGGAAACGGCUCUGGUGACUGGCGAACCGGAGCCAAGCCAUCGGGAAACGGACACGGACUUCCGACGAAGCGAGCACGAAGUCGCGGCAACCGACUACGAGGAAAUCCCAAGUCUGGACUCGCUCACUUUCGACUGGCAGGUCGAACUGCCCGCCACCUUCUCGUCCUCCUCCGAAUGGGCCACCCUUUCAGCUGCCCAAAACAGCGAUAGCCUCAACCUCUCGGAAAUCAGCGACAUAGCUUGACGAAUAAACAAACGGCACAGA